GUGAGUCCUAUAUUCUAAAGAAAGCAGCACUGUUGGCCGCGAUCCAAGUUCGUAAGCAACCAUGGCGGGAACCGGCCCUUGCUACAUGUCCCUGGACCUAGAAUUGCUUCGGGUGUUAACCGCCGGCGACGCAGCGGCUCUGCAGGAGCUACUGAGAAGAAGAGAGGAUCAGACAAGCGGUCACGUCGCCGUAAACGUCCAGGCCACGGCGCCGACAGACGCGUUGGCGGCGCAGCCGUGCCCGGGGACGAGCUGCCUCCUCGGCGUGACGAGCAACGGGAACACGGCGCUGCACCUUGUCGCCAGCCGCGGCCACGCCGACCUGGCGGCGCUCAUCUGCGAGAGGACGCCCUCGCUCGCCGCCACACGCAACACGUUCCUCGACACGCCUCUGCACUGCGCUGCAAGGGAAGGUCACCGAGAGGCGGCGGCCUGCCUCGUGGCGACGAUGCGCGCCGGCGGCCGAGCGGGGGAAUUGGCGGCGGCGCUGCGGGCCAGGAACUGCCUGGCCGCCACCGCCUUGUAUGAAGCUGUUCGGCACCGCUGUGCCGGGGUGGUUGAGCUGCUUAUGACGGAGGCUCCCGAGCUAGCAUCGGUAGAAACUGAAGACGGCUCCUCACCGUUGUACUUGGCGGCGUCCAUACGCUCACAGGAGUUGGUCCGGACGCUUCUACGGGCGUCGCCUGAUGGAACGCCGUCGCCGGCGUCGUUUUCUGGUCCCGAAGGACGGACUGCUUUGCAUGCCGCCGCUGCAGCGACUAGCCAUGAAAUGGCUCAAGAAAUACUGAGUUGGAAGCCUCAAGGUCCAACUUUGCUUACCAGAGUUGAUUCUACAGGGAGAACGCCUCUCCAAGUUGCAGUGAUGUAUGGAAGACUCCGUACUGUUCAACUGUUCCUAGAUGACAUUACAUCUGCAGAGCAAGUCCGCAUUAGUGACAACCAUGGUCUAUUUCCGGUGCAUACUGCUGCUAUAUUUCCAGAAGAAGAUGCCAUUCGUUUGAUGAGAAAUACAAAGGAAUAUCGAGAAUUCACGUGGCUAAAGCUGAAGCAGCUACUUUUGAAUGGUCGGGCGACGCUAAUUAUUGAUACUCUCUUCAAGAAAUGCCCCGGCUACUACAAAAUGGUUGAUGACAAAGGAAGAAACUUGCUUCAUUGUGCCGUUGAGCAUAAUAGUUACCGGCUGGUUCGCUUUAUCUGCCAAAAGUACACCAUUGCUACAUUGUUAAAUGGGACGGAUUACGAAGGAAACACACCGCUCCAUUUAGCAGUGAAGUACGGAUUUAUUCGGAUCGUCAGUACACUACUGGAGACGAUGAGCGUGGACACGAAUAUCGUCAACAAGGAUGGUCUGACUGCUGGAGACCUUGCUGCAGCGCUCUACGAAUACUUCCCGAGUCCAAAUACCAUUGUGUCAAUUUGUCUGAGAUAUUGUGGAGUUGAAGUUAGUCCAUAUCGUGCUGACCGUAUCAGAGAACGGUCAGCACAGGAAAAAACAGACAAUUCCAAAUCGGUCCACCCUCUACUUGCAGACAAGAAGCCCACCAAGGAACAAGCAUCCUCUGACAAAGAAGAAGAAGAUUUCUCCAAGACAGGAACGAUUGGAUCGGUCCUGAUCGCUACCGUGGCAUUCGCGGCAGCCUUCACCGUGCCGGGCGGUGUCGUCGCAGAUGACCGCCCGGGUUCAGGGGCUGCCGUGAUGGCGAGACGGUUUGCUUUCAGAGCAUUCGUCGUGUCGGACGCCAUGGCCUUCUUCUGCUCCAUCGUAGCGACCUUCUGCCUUAUCUAUGGUGGCACUAAGGAAGCUCCACGCGCGCAACGUGUACUGCACAAGGCGCGUGCGUCUACGUUGCUGCCCCUGUCAGGCCUGUUCACUAUCGCGGCGUUCCCUUUCGGGUUUCACCUGGUGCUUGGUAAUGCCAAUCGCGGGCUUAUUGUCUUUCUGUACAUGGUGUCCUCGGCUUCCAUCCUAUCCAUCCCUGACAUUUGGAAUGCACCGCUAUAUGGGAUGGUGAGAGCGGCAAGGCGGCGAGCUGGAUGUUUGGGAAUUAUACGAGUCCUUUCGAGCGCAUAUGUUGCAGCCCCAUUGUUUGUGGUGCUCAUCUGUGCCGCCUUCGCCCUCGCCGUAGCCCUCGACAUUGCUCUCCCGAAUUACUGACUGAUGUCUUCGUCUCAGUCUUUCAAUCAUUAAUCUGCAGUACUCAAUUGAAACAUCUUUGAGUAAUUCUUGAUACCAAGUUUUUUUAAUGACUUUCAAUGGAAAAGGGAUGUGAAGGACCCGAUGGAGAAAUGGGAUGGCUGAUAAAAGAUGAAAGGAAAGUGGACAAACUUCUGAGAUUAGUUUCCAGUCUGUGCCCUCGCAAACUCCAUGCUUUACCAGCUCCUUAACUACUCCCCCUCCAUUUUGUAAUAAUGUAACUUCGAUUAAAUUUAUAGAAAAUGCAUAUAACAUCUACAACCUCAGUUCAAUUAGUUUUA